AGGGAUGUUCCAGGAGAAAUCAAUAAGCCAUCACAAUGGCUUGAACUCCCAGUGCAACAGCAGAGAACCCUUCUUCCAUGGCCAAAACUAUGGAGGAAUUCAGCUUUCCUGAAGUAUCAGUGGAGCAGGACUCGCACGAGCAGUUAUCCUUCCCUCACUUCGCCUCUUCCCCUAUUUGGUUCCAGUCCUCUACUUCCUACCACAAGUUCACCGCCCUCAACCACCAUGAUCAGCGAAGGAGAAGCUUCCCAUCAAUGGAAGAUCUCCGGAUCGAGGAGGUUAAGGAUGAGGAGAGGAUGGACAUGCUGUGGGAGGACUUUAAUGAGGAGCUCCAUCAAAUUCCUCGUCUUACAAGAAAUGGAGGGAGGGAGGGGUUGGAUUGGUCAGGAAACUCAACUAAAUUGGAUGGGAAGAGGCAUGGUGCAGGGAACUUCCUCUGUUUGAAAGCAGUUCGACGCUGCAGACCUGGCCUGAUGAUAAUGUUGAAGGUGUUGAAGACACUACUAAUGAUUCAGAAGAUCAGAAAGACGAGAAGAAUGCCGGAUUAUCACAUAUAAUCAGCCUUAUAUAUGAUAUUUAAUGGUGUAUAGAUGGAUGGAUUCAGAAGGGAACAAAACUUACGGAAUGUAUUAGUUCAGGAGAAUAUGGUUAUUUCUCUAGCAUGGCAAAAAUACCGUUGUCUCCAUGUUUUUUAUUUGUGUUGGGCAUGAUUUUGAUCUUUGUACAUCUUUUUAGCUAUUUAUAAGGAAUGUGUGUGACUUGGAUCUAAAUCUAAAAUAUUAUGACGAGGUGCUCAGGCAGAGAUUACAAAACAA